AUACCACCCACAAUAACCUCAGGAUAAAUUUUAUUAUUACUAAGGUACUAACAUGUUGUGUAAUGAUUAUACUUAUUUGCAUAUUCGCUGUCGCCUCGCUUUACUUUUGUUGCCUUUCUCCAUUUGGAGAAAGCAAGUUAGGAGACAGCAGCGUCGGUUCCGUUGGGGUGAAGAGCAAAUAAAGUUCUGCUGUCUCUUUGAGCGGAUUAUUGUCGAACAUUUUUCUGCUGCAUCGAAUCUUUGCUGUUGUAAACACUAGGAUAGGAAGGAAAAAAUCUCUUCCGAGACACAUCAUACAAUUACUUGGGUAAUACUUACGUAUUAAUGGUACGUGAAAAUUACGCAUCGAAGUGAACUAAAGAAAUGAUGUAGCUGAUUGUUUUGAGACUUAACAAUUCGACCCAGUUUGACGUUAUGACGUCGCCUCGUAAAGAAGGAGGAGGAGACGGAGUCACAACUACGACAAUGGGAUUUAACUCUUUCGAUGACGACGAUGAUGAUGACUGGGACAAAGUUUACGCUCAUUUGAAUCAUGACGCUGCGGUGGUGCUUCCCCAGAGGGAGGUAUAUUCAGAUACCAUUUGCAGGGUCAAAGUCAACUUUCCCUACAAACCGUACAAGAGUCAAAAGCAACUGAUGACAAAGGUCAUCGAAGGUGCACACAAGGGCCAAAACUGUUUGUUAGAGUCGCCCACUGGAACAGGAAAAACGGCUGCUUUACUGUGUGCGUUACUUGGAUGGCAAAUGCAUUGCAAAGAAAACAAUUUUACUAAUAUGAAUAAGUUUGCCCCUUUGGCGGCUAUAACCGCUGAUAAAUGUAUUUGCGGAUUCAUUCCUGACCCCAACAAGUUGAUGAGUAAACCAACGAUUAAAUCAUUCAAGUCACAAGGCAAGACAAAAUUCCAACUGGUUGCCAAAUUCUCAAACCUUGAUGAUGAUUUUGAUACACAUUCACAAGUUGUUAAUAACACAAAUGAUGGCAGCAGUCCGUCAAAAAUUGUUAAAAUGGAUUCAUCGCAACUGGAAAUAAGAAAACGAGAUAAAGAUCUGCUCUGUCGACACUGUAUCAUGUCAAACUUUGCAAAGCCCCAUGUUCCUAAAAUAUUUUAUACAACGAGGACACAUUCGCAAGUUCAACAGGUUGUGGAGCAGCUAAAGGCUACGUCUUAUCGAAAUACCAAAAUGACCAUACUUGCAAGUAGGAAAAUUGGAUGCCUCAACGCCGAAGUAAUUGAACAAACCAAGUACAUGGAGUCGUUUUUUAAACAUAAUAAAACUCGUCCAUCGACUAAUAAUCCCACUCCCAAGGUCUCAUGUGAUUCUACAAGCUGCUGCGAAGGAAGAAAUAGUCAAAGUAGUAGCAGUGAAGUACUUGAAAAUGACCCUCGGCAUUUGAUGGACGAAAGCUGCAGAGCGUUAAGGAAAAACUACUUUUAUAACUUGAAAAUGGAGAAGGAGAAGGGCGAGCCUUUGAGUGAAAAAGAGCGUAAACCAGUUUGCAAUUUGUUUCGCCAAAAGGAUGAAUUGAAAUAUAGAUUUGGAGAAUUGUUCUACUCAGGCGCCUGGGAUAUUGAAGAUUUGAAGGUAGCUGGACGACACGAAUGCACAGGAUGUCCAUAUUAUGCAAGCCAAGCACUCUACGAAUGUGCCGAGAUUGUUUUCUGCCCAUACAAUUAUGUCAUUAGCCCUGAUAUUAGAAGGGCAUUAGACAUUGAUCUCACUGGAAAUAUUGUAGUUUUCGACGAAGCCCACAACUUGGAAGACAUUUGUAGGGCUGAAGCGUCCUUGAGCCUCGUAACUUUAAACAGAUUGGACGGGACCAUUCGCUUACAAAUUGACACUGCUCUUCAACAAGUUGUUGAAUGCCCAAAGAAAGUAUCGGCUGAACACUUUUCUUUACUGUUGACUCGACUGAGUACUUGGAUGCGAAAUGCUGCACCAAAAAUACCACCAAGGAAUAUUUAUUCAAACACAACUCCGUUACCAGAAUUUGUAGCGUUUAAAGAUGAUAGAAUGUUGAAAUGUUUGGAGGAAAUUGGAUUCGGGAGAGAACAAAUGGAAGAGCACUACUAUCAUGCACAUGUUUUGACGGAUGAAGACGACGAUGAUCAAGAGGAUAGCCUAAAGAGUAGUUCGUCGCUGUCCCAAGAAAAUACUCAAGUUGUCAAGUUUGAAAUUAAGUCUGCUGUAACAAGAUUCAUUGUCAAACUUCUAUCAACAUUACAUUUUUUGUACGAGGAUGACAAUUACCAACAUUAUAACAUCGUGCUCGUGAACAAUGGAGCAAAUGAAUCAAAAGGUGAUGGACAACGCACUCGCCAAUAUAACAUUUCAAUGGAAAUAUUGUGUUUGAGUCCUGCUAUCGUUUUUAAGGCCAUUCGAGACCAAUGUCAUUCUAUCAUAGUUACCUCUGGGACAUUAUCACCAUUGGAAUCUUUCUCUGUCGAGCUCAAGACUCCAUUUAAUCAACAAUUGGUGGCGCACCAUGUUGUUCAGCAGUAUCAGACAUUUUGCUCCUCUGUCAACUUUGGUGUGAAUAAGCAGUUCGCACUAAAUAAAAAAGGCCAAUCGGACGAAACAACCCAAGAUGAUCUCGGCGACACUAUUCUUCAAAUUGUUAAGACUGUCCCAUAUGGAGUUCUUGUGUUCCUCCCAUCCUACACUUUUAUGGACACGCUCAAGGAACGGUGGUCGACCUAUCCGGUGAAUAGUCCCACCAUGAAGCAGUUAGAGUACUUCAAGCACAUUUUCUACGAGGAGCGAGCGGACAAGGACAUUUUCGAAGCAGAUAUGCAGAGAUACAAACAUCUUAUUGAUCACCCCAUCCAGACCUCUAGUCAGCGAGGAUGCAUUUUGUUUGCAAUAUUCCGAGGAAAAGUUAGCGAGGGUAUUAAUUUCACUGAUAACCAGGCCCGGGCGGUCAUCACUAUUGGGAUUCCUUUUGCCAAUUUGGGCGCACAUACGGUAGCCUGUAAGAUGGAGUAUAAUGAUGGGCGCAAGAGGCAGGCUAAGUUGGCCACCACUCUUUUACAUAACAAUGAGUUCAAUGCCAAGCCUGUUGAUCUCCUUACGGGCCGAGAAUGGUACAAUGUUCAAGCAUUCCGAGCAAUGAAUCAAGCGUUUGGACGGUGCAUUAGGCACAAAGGUGACUGGGGAGCUAUUAUCUUGCUCGACUCGAGAAUAUCAUUCAAUAAGGAAAAACUAUCGGGUUGGGUGAAAGAUGCUCUGGAAAUACACAACAAUUUUCACGGAAUGCAAAACAAGCUCGUGCAAUUCAUUCAAGACAGAAUUAACAACGUCAUCCCAGAUUCAUCACAUCAUUUAGACGACAAUACUAUCGACAUCCACGAAUGCAUAGACAACCACGCCCAGUUGACCCAAGUUUGUACUAGUCUUUGUUUAGCCAAACCCAAGACGACUAACAUUUUAUCCGUGAAUCUGUCAUCGUGCUCUUACUCGACCCAUGAACAAGAUAACUUGGAUUCUUCGUCUUAUUCUUUAGACGAAGCUGAUUGUAUUGAGAUUCCAUCAAUUCACGAUCUUCCAACGCAAGUGAUUUCCAUGCAAGAAACCGAAAUUAUGAGCAGUGAUGACGCGAGUUAUCAUUCCACUUCUACGUCCUCGAUUGACAUGAUUGAAGGCACGCCAUGAAUUAUGAUAAUUUAGGUAAUAAAAUAAAUGUGACAUAUACUCUGAUCAUUAAAACUUGCUUUGUUAAAAUGUUACAUUUUUAUGCAUGAAUGCAAUGUUUGGUGAGCUUUAAAGUAUUUUGACAAUUGUUUGAAACAAGAAGAUAAGUGCAAUUCAAAACAUCUAUAAAUAUAAUAUAUUUUAUUUUAAAAUUUUUAUGGUCGGGUAAGAUUUAAAAUGUAUUCCGCAUAGUAUGUAUCAAAUAUGUCGAUUGACAAUGUCUAGGAUAUAUUUAUGGGACACGUUAAAUAGUAUAUAUUUUUUGUACUUAAAGAUUGUUGAUCAUCGAAAAUAUGGUAUUAAAUAUUGUGUAUACAUACAUCUGCA